GGCUAAUCCAGUAGAAUUUCAACCAAAAUGGCUGACACUUGUUGGUCUUUUAUUUAGCAAGCGAACAAUCCGUCCCGAAAAGUGCCUUAUUACGCGAAAUUAAUGCUUAACGAACACAGUGAAAAGUGGUUUAAAUGUGUCGAAUCGUGCGAAGAACAGUUUCCGCGAGUCAGUGAUGUUCUUUAGUGUUUUAAAUGAUUAUGUGUGCCUUAGACAGUCCUAUUCCUUGUUAUUUACGUUUGUUGUGUAGUGUACCGAAAGGAUUUGAUUAGAUCGCAAUGGAAAACAGCACACCCCCAGCUUUGCCAGAAAGGCGAGACUUUAACACUUGCGUCACCACUUUUUCGAAGAACCUGUUACUUUACCACCUGGUUUGGCUAGAGCCUGCAGCUUUGUCUUGGUGCAUUCCUUUAAAAGACACCAUCGACUUGUCGAAAAAGUUAAAAAUUGACUGGACCACUCCAAACAAUUUUACUGCUUCUGUAGAGGCUAACGCGGCAUGCAUAACCACAAGAAAUCCAGUGGGGCCCAGUUUAAACGGAGGCGGUUCUCAUGCCCGACGGCCGUCUCCAGGACCGGGCCCGCCCGCUUCUCCCGGCGGCGGCGUCCACCGGCCCACCUCUUUGAUGGACACGCCUCCCCCCUCCGCUGGAGGACCCAUCUCCUAUCCGAUGGUCCAGGUUGUUGUUAACAAGGACGACAAAGGCUACGGCAUGAAGGUGACAGGAGAUAAUCCUGUUUACGUUCAAAGCGUCAAAGAAGGUGGACCAGCUGAAAAGGCAGGAUUGCAUGCCGGAGAUAAAAUAAUCAAAGUUAAUGGGAUCAACGUUAGGUCUUCCACCCAUACUGAAGUCGUAAACCUUAUCAGAGCCCAAACCCAAGUGAUAUUAACAGUCCAACAAAGAACAUUUGCAAGGCUCUCCCAAGGUUCUCCAAGUAUGCAUAACCGCCAAUCAAUCACCAACCCUCAACCUGUUGAUAAUGAAAAACAAUCGCAAUUGCAACGAGACAAAGAGAACUACUACAGGCUUAUGAUAGAAAAGGAAAAGAACUACGUUGAUACUUUAAGGAGCAAAAUAGCGGUCUCACCGGACGAGAAAAAAAUCGCCGAACUUGCAAAGACUGAAAAGAACAUCGAAACUUUGGAAGCGUGCCUUUAUAAAAGUCUCAAUGAGCAAUCGAUAUCCUCCCCCUCUCCCUCCCACUCUCCCAUAAAGUAUGGAAAUAUCCCCACAACCCCAAAUGGAAACUCGGGAGAACCGCCGCCGCUGCCAAAACGGAACCUUAACAUGAACAAGAAAAAGAAGGGGCACCACUUUAAUACGAUUCCGUCGGUGUCGCAGUGCCGUUCUUCUCAAAGGGAGGUCACGUCUACUCCCACCUCUCCGAUAGACCUAAACAUGACAUUCAUGCAAAACGAAAUAAAUGCGAAUCGCACCCCGACGUUCGGAAGGAGAAGUAUGCCUUAUAGUAGAUCGUCUGAACCUCCCAGAGAACAACCUCCUCCUCUUCCUCCCCGUUCCACCAAUCCCUCCUCGCCCCUUGACCCGGACGCGGUUAAUUCCAUUAACAAACAAAUGUCCUAUCCAUUGGUGGCAUUCACUUCGGUUCUUAACCAACAUUCCCCGAACGGUCCGACGCAUCAUCGCACCAAAUCGAGUCCCGAAUCGCUGUCCGACCUCGGCGGAGGCGCCACCUCCGGCCGCUUGACAACCUCCGAGAGCAUGAACGAUCUGAGCCGACAGGACGGCAACUGGGAGCGGGCGCCGGACACGCCGCCCGGCACUCCUCCGCCCCCCUAUCCGAGCCCGCCGACCCUCAGGAAGGACCGCAGCCAGGACGACGGAUUUAUUCUUGCAGAGGUGGGAUCCGGGGGUUUAAAAGUUUUUAUUGUUACCUUGUUGUGCCUAAAGUUCUGA